CUCACUUUCUCGUGUUUGACAGACGUUUCGUGAUGGUGCUGUAGCAGUGUGCGCAUAAAAUGGGCAACAAAUAGCCUUUUUCUGCUCUUUUGCGGUGAUAUUUUGUUGAAUAGUGCUGAUUUUAAGUGAGUUUUGUUGAGUGAAAAUGAAAUUUAGUUUGCAGCAUCUGCACGGAGUUUGAUUUUCGCAGUCCAAAGAUUUUCAUUUUACUCGUUUUCUUCCGUCCGUCGUCGCCUACUGAAGUUGACGUUUGAAAGUCACGCGUGGGUGUAUGGGUGCGUGUGCGUGCAAGCGAGACGGAACGAUCAGUGUUUUGGUUUUGCGCCGAAGCAGCUGCAACGGAACUUGAACACUUUUAUCGCCAUCAUUCGCAAUCGGAGCUCUCGCGAGGGUGCAUGAAACGUAUCUGUCGUCGUCGUUCGAGUCGAGUGUUCCGCGAUGAGUUUCAGCAGCAUCAGCUUGCCGGGGUUGGACUCCAUGGAGCAAAUUGUGUGCAGCCUGGAGCGGGGCACGCUGAUCCAAAAGUUUUAUCCGCGGCGCAAACCGGAAAAGAAAACGCUGAUGCUGCGUCGGGAAACACGACAGGUUACGUGGUCAUCUCCGACUCAGAACAAUCGGGCCAACUUUGAGGGCGCGCUGGAGUUGCGUGAAGUUAAGGAGAUUCGCCUCGGCAAGGGAUCCAAAGACUUUGAAAAGUGGCCAGAGGAAACGAAAAAGAUAGAACUUCGCAAGUGCUUCGUCGUGUACUACGGGAGCGAGUUCAAGCUGCGGUCGCUGUCGGUGGUUGCGCUGUCCGAGAAAGAGUGCGAAAUGUGGAUCAAAGGGCUAAAGUACAUGGUGGCCGAUACGAUCAAUGCGCCGUACUGGCUUCAGGUGGAGCGAUGGCUGCGCAAAGAAUUCUACGCCAUGGAGAAUCCGUACGAAACGGUCACCCUGAAGGAGGUGAAAUCGUUUCUGCCAAAGGUAAACUGCAAAGUGUCGACGGGGAAGCUCAACGAAAUUUUCCACGAGGUAGACUGCCGGCGGCGUAACGUGCUCGGCUUCGACGACUUUACCCGGCUGUAUCAAAAAUUGAUGACCGCGUCCAACACGAUCCAGGAUUACUUCGACGGGUCCAUGCAGUAUUCGAAAAAUGGCCAGACCGUCACGCUAAAGGAGCUGCAAAAGUUCCUGACCGAUGAACAGAACGACCAAUCGGCACACGACGAAAAGGCCGUCGCCGGUCUGAUCCGCGAGUACGUCCAGGACCCGGUCCGAGAUGUGCAGGAACCUUAUCUGAAAAUUCAGGAGUUUAUCGACUACCUGUUUUCGCGCCAAAACGAGAUAUGGAACAAAGAGUGCGACACCGUCUACCAGGACAUGAACCGACCCCUGUCGCACUACUGGAUCUCUUCGUCGCACAACACCUACCUCACGGGGGACCAGUUUUCUAGCGAAUCUUCCGUGGAAGCUUACGCACGUGCUUUGCGUAUGGGAUGCAGGUGCAUCGAGCUGGACUGCUGGGACGGUCCGGACAAUAUGCCGUUGAUCUUCCACGGGCACACGUUCACGACGAAGAUUAAGUUUAAGGAUGUUAUCAAGACGAUUAAGGAGCACGCGUUUGUCACGUCGGAAUAUCCGGUGAUACUGUCGAUUGAACAGAACUGCUCGCUGGCCCAGCAGCGCAAGAUGGCGUACGCGAUGCAGGACGUGUUUGGGGAUAUGCUGUUGACGCAGCAGGUUGAGAAGAAUGAGAUUCAACUGCCGACGCCGUUCCAGCUGCGCCGGAAGAUUAUAUUGAAGCACAAGAAGCUGCCGGAAAAUGGGGCCAAACUGCUGGUGGAGGGUGAGGGAACGGUGCCGAAUGAUGGAGCGCUGAUCCGGGCCGACGAGAACGAGUUGGACAUCCGGAACAGCGUGCGAAACGGUAUUUUGUAUUUGGAAGAUCCGGUGGACAAGGUGUGGAAUCCGCACUUUUUCGUGCUGACCCAGCACAAGCUGUUUUUCACCGACAGUCAGAGAAUCGAACGGGAAGACGUCCGGGACGACGAGUUUGAGACCAGUUUCUCGCGGCCGAAAGAAAGCGUAACGAACGAUGAGUUGCACUUUGGGGAGAACUGGUUUCAUGGAAAGUUGUCGGGAGGCCGCGAGGAGGCCGAAUCUCUUCUGCGGCAGUACGCUCAUCUUGGUGAUGGAACGUUUCUCGUGCGGGAGAGUGUCACGUUUGUCGGGGAUUACUGUCUGUCGUUCUGGCGCCAAGGAAAGCCCAAUCAUUGCAGAAUUAAGCUCAAGCAAGACAAGGGCGUCACCAAGUUCUACCUGAUGGAGAACAACCUAUUCGACAGUUUGUACAGCCUGAUUGUGCACUAUCGCCAAAACCCCUUGAGAAGUUCGGAAUUCUACAUUACGCUGAAGGAGCCGGUUCCACAACCCAACAAGCAUGAGAGCAAAGAAUGGUACCACCAGAACACGUCCCGCGAGCAGUCCGAAAUCAUUCUGCACCAGAUGCAGAACGACGGUGCCUUCCUGGUGAGACCAAGCGACAAAGGACCGAACGCGUUUGUCAUCUCGUUCAGGGCACACAAAAAGAUCAAACACUGUCGCAUCGAAGUGGAGGGGCGGCUGUACGGCGUCGGCGGCAUGGAGUUCGAAAGCCUGAUUGAUCUCGUAAACUUUUACAUGAAGCAUCCGCUGUACAAAAAGGUCAAACUGAUCCACCCGAUACCGAAGGACAUGCUCAAGCGAAUCAACACCCUAAAUGGUCCGGAGGACAACGGCGCGUACAGCUACAUGGAUCCGUCGUGCAUGGACGAGAAGGUCACGGUGAAGGCUCUCUACGACUACAAAGCCCAGCGGGAUGACGAGUUGUCCUUCUGCAAGCAUGCCAUCAUCACGAACGUCGACAAGAAGAGCAACGAGCUAUGGUGGACGGGAGAUUACGGCGGCAAGAAGCAGCACUACUUCCCGGCGAACUACGUGCAGGAGAUUAGCACAUGUGACGGGACGAGCGACGACAGCGGCGGCAGCGAUUCGCUCAUGCUGGGCAGUCUGCAGAAAGGUUCCCUUGACGUGCACGGUGCCGUAGUGGAGCUUACGCGCGGUCCACACCAGGAGUUGGAGCGCAUCCUACGCAUUCAGAAUCCCUCGAUGCAAAACGUGUUCGAGAUCGGGGUGCAAACCAAGGAGCAAGCCAUCGAUUGGUGUAACGCUAUCAAGGAGGCCGCCCAGAAUGCCAGCGCCCUCGAGGACGAACGUCGCAGGAUGGAGCGCAACUCGCGGGUGGCGAAGGAGAUGUCCGACAUGAUUAUCUACUGCCGAAGUGUUCCCUUCAAGAACUUGGGCUGGGUGUUUUACGAGAUGUCCAGUUUUCCAGAAACCAAAGCCGAAAAGUAUUUCUUGCAGCAGGAAACGAGAAUGUUCGUCCGGUACCAUCGGAACCAGAUCAGCCGGGUUUAUCCGAAAGGACAACGCUUGGACUCGUCCAAUUACCACCCGAUAGCGCUGUGGAACACCGGAUCUCAGAUGAUUGCGCUGAACUAUCAAACGCCAGACAAGCCGAUGCAGUUGAAUCAGGCCAAGUUUAGGGACAACGGCGCUUGCGGGUACAUUUUAAAGCCGGAUUUUAUGUUUAGAGACGAGUUCGAUCCGAAUGAUCCAAACUGUCUGAUUGGGGUUGAUGAGAAGGUUAUUAACAUUCGCAUCAUCGGGGCGCGGCAUCUCUGCAAAGGAGGUCGAAACAUUGCGAGUCCGCUGGUCGAGGUAGAACUGCUGGGAGCUUCCUUUGACAACGGAGUCAAGCAUCGAACCAGGGCAGUCGCGGACAACGGCUUCAACCCGAUUUGGAACGAGAUUUGCGAGUUCAGAGUUAUGAACCCUUACUUUGCCAUGCUGCGCUUUGAAGUGCAGGACGAGGACAUGUUUGGCGAGCCCAACUUUAUCGGGCAAGCGGUGUAUCCGAUCAAUGCGCUGCGAACCGGGUACCGAAGCGUUUGCCUGCGCAACAAGUACAGCGAGGAGAUGGAGCUGGCAACCCUGCUUGUUCACAUUAGUAUUCGAACCAACGAACAGAACGGAAACAAUGGCGUUGUGGCGGCGGCGGCGACGUUCAGCUAGGGACAGCACCACCGCAAAACUACAGUCAAUUUUGAUAGAAAAAGUGAAUACAGUCAGGUUUCAUCAAACGGAUUAAUUUAUAGAGCGACACACGCACACUUUUAUUAAGUGAUUGAAAAGACUUUACAACUGCAAAGUAUUAUUUAUUGACAGAGAUGCAUUUUGAUUACGACCAAAAUGAACAAACAGAAGUUUUUAAGAGUGCCUAAAAGUAGUGAAACUAAAACUUUUUGGAUCGAAAAUAACGUAUAGAUAUAUUUUCCUAAGAGUGCGCGUAUUUGUUAACUAAGUGGAUAUGAUAUGUGAGACUUGUUUUUCAUAUGUGUUUAGAUGAUCUUCCAGUGUGUUGUUGUUUCAUGUUAUAGUAAGAUAACGAAAUUUAUCAAACCAUUGACAUUUUGUCAAGUAAAUAUACGGUUAUUGUUUUACACGAAAUAAAUGAAUUUUAAACCCUUAA